AUGUUCGCGCUGUCCGUCAAUGGCCAAUUCCACGGUCCUACGCACAUCGAUAUCACUGAGCACACUCCUCGAAUGUAUGAAAAGAUCCCAGAAGAAAAGGAUCUCAGUUACCUGCUAGAUGAACUCCGUCAGCAUGAUCCUGAGCAAGAUGAAUAUGCUGAUGCGGGAGAGGGCGGUGACAGUGCCAACAUGGAGCGCUAUCAAGAUCACGGCGAUCACUACUGUCAGCACGAUCAGUAUGAUCAGGGCGGUCAGGAACAUCAGCACGAUCAAUAUGAGCAGGACGAUGAGGGUGAUCAGGACGCAGACCAACCUACUUCUGAAGACUAUGGCGGGGGCGGAAACGGGGCGGAUUAUUAUCAUUCUCAUCAUGACUGGAGUGGCCACGACGGAGGCAAUGAUGUUGAUCCUCACGGUCAUGGUCAUGGUCAUGGUCAUGAGGAGUAUCCGGAUGGCAGUAACGGCCCCUAA